ACACAGUCAGACAUAAUCUUCAUGGAGACACAGGGAGCAGAGGCUUCAAUUCAAUGUGGAAGAAGACAUGGAUUAUUUACAGCAAUCCUCCGGUUGUCCAGCUUGUAACCAUGAAUAUGAUGUUGCCUUGAUUCUGCCGUGCUCUCACACCAUGUGUCGUCGCUGUGUAACAGCUGCAGAGGGAGAGACGUUCCAUCAUCCCCUCCGUCAUAAGGCAGCCCAACCUGCUUGUUCUGUUUUCUGUCCUUGCUGUUGCCAUCCUGUGGAGCUCCCAUGUUGGACGUGGUCAUCUGCCACCUCCUCUCUCCCAAAACAUCCCAUCCUGAGCUCUGCAUGUGACAAACAGGACAGGGGCACCAAGGAGCAAGCAUCUAAUGACUCCCUCCUAAGUCUACAGAGUGACAUGAUGUACUGGAGGGAUUCAAGUGAAGAGACAGUACAGGGCGUCUCACAAUGCUUCAGUGCUCCCAGGCUUUCAAAGGUACCAGUUGAUGGCUCUGUUGACCUGAAAGACGAGGAGAUGGAGCAGUCUGUCUAUGGACUACGUUUUGCUCUGGACCCCUCAAAUGUCCCUCCAUCCAUCCAUCUGUCCAGCUCCUUACUCACUGUCACCUACCAAAUGCAGAGUUCAUCUCUGAGCAUCCAGUCCAGGUGGUCAGUGGCGACCCCUGACCCUCAGGCUGUACUGACUCUGCCUCAGGUGUGUGCUGACGUUGUCAUUGGACAUGGACAGUACUACUGGGAGGUGGAUGUCUGCAACAGCUCAGUAUACAGGAUCGGUGUGAGCUCGUUGGAUGGUUCUGGAGGCUGGUGGUUUGAAAGGCAAGGCCCAUGUUUCUGUGCAGUGUAUGAUGGGAGUGUGGAGCCGAUCUUCACUGUGCCUCCCCAGAUUAAAACCAUCGGGGUCUUCCUCAGCAUUGAAGGAUGUGUCCUGAGCUUCCACAACUCAGUGACUCAGGAGCAUCUCACCACAUUCCCUACACUCUUUGAUGCGGCUGGAGUGACCCCCGCUCUGGGCCUGGGCCAGGGCCAACUGAGGCUGCGCUGUGGUCUCCCUCCUCCUCCUUACAUCUUCCUCAGUAAGGACUCAGCCUACAGGGGGCCUCGUGGCACCGUAGGAGCACAGUGGUGUAGGGAUAUUCCAUUCCAGUCAGUGAGGAAAGUCAUACAAAAGUUUGAGGAGCUGGCUGCGUCAGACUCAGACUCAGGUGUGGUGUCCAGUUUAGGAUCCUCCGAUUCCACUUUAGUUUUCUGUCCAGAACCGAUUCCGAGGAUAUCUCCCUCUAAGCAAGACAGGAAACUGGAGCUGAAUAAAAAGAACCUCUAA